AUGUCACAACCAACUACAACGAUACUACGUCUAAAUGUAAUGGCCGUAUCUACUUCACCAACAGUAGCGUCAAUUUCAACAGCAAUACCAUCGGCAUCUACAGCAGCUCCAAAAGAUUUCUCUGUGAGAGUACCUAACCGUAAGUAAGUCAUAUACUAUUCAUGAUCUGGAUGCCAAUUAUUAUCAGUAAAAUAAUUUGAUAGAGAAAAAAAAUUACAAGGAUUCUACUCGUUUAUAGUUGAGAUAGAUCAUUGUAUGUUUUCCAACAAAUUAUAUUAAUAAUUCUUCAUUCUUUUUUUAGAACUCGAGCUCAAU